UUCACUACAAGAAGAUGCGCUCGUGAAUACGUGCACAAGGGUAUGAAAAUACCCGCUGGAACCAGCAUCGUUAUCCCCAACCACCACCUGAGUCAUGACCCGAAUUUCUGGGAGCAACCCGAAGUCUUCGAUCCCGAAAGAUUCAGCCCACAAAAUAAAGGCCUUGUUGAUCCCGUGGUGUACCAGCCUUUCGGUCAGGGCCCCCGCAAUUGCGUCGGCAUGAGAUUCGCCCAGCUGGAGAUGAAACUAACUAUGGCGAAAUUAUUGGCAAAAUACAAGCUUUUUCUGGAUGAACGUCAUAUUAAGGAGAAAAACUUGGAGCUGGAAUCCACUUUCAUAUUCGCGAUGCCUAAGGAUGGCAUCUGGCUCAAGAUCGAAAAAGUUAUCUAAUAACGCCUUUUUUUCUCUGGAACUUACAGCAAUAAUUGACAUCGUUCUGCUACAGCAGCGUUUUUCAACAUAUUACUCAGUCUAUGUAUAAUAAAACUAUGCGUGUAAUAACA